AUGUCGAAUGGUGUCGGCACUCGCACCCUCAUGGAUGGAAAUCAGCCUGGUGUUUCCAAAGCGAGAGAGGUUGGACUGGCGUUCCCGUCCACCAGUCUGACGCGACGGCAAAGGCGGUGGGGCCGUCCCAGACGCGCGUUACAGUGUUGUUUACGCGACGACCCGCGCAGUUGGUCCGCACAUGACAGUGGCCGUUCGAAAUACGUCAGUCGAUAA